CAAUUUUACAAUGUACAUAUAUUUUUUUACAAUGUUCUAGAUGUGACGAUGUUGACCAUAACAAAUGAUUCACGUAUAUACCAAGAACGUCUUAACUCUAUUGAUAUAUAUGGGGGAGACGAUUGCCCAGAAAUGGCCAUUGAAGGAAUUAAAAUAGCUCUUGAGCAAAGUUCGCCAAAUUCUUAUAUUUUUGUAUUUACUGAUGCUAGUGCCAAAGAUUACAAUAACGAAUCUGUUGUUCAAGACCUGAUUCAACGGAAGAAGAGCAAGAUAAUAUUCAUAUUGACUGGAAGAUGCAUAGAUGAAGAAAAUGAAGAAGAAAAUUUUCUUUAUGACCAAGGGUAUAAAGUAUUCGAGAAUAUAGCACAUACUUCAAAUGGUUACAUUUUUACAUUGGAGAAGUCUGAUGUCAAUAAGGUUUUGGAGUUCAUUAAAGUGGACACACGAAAAAAUGAAGUGAUUUGUGUUAAAAACAUCGUAGAAACUGGAAGUUGUAUAGCACCCGUAGAUAUUAGUACAGAUAAAUUUACUGUGACUAUUGUAGGCAAAAACGCUUCAGUUGUUAUUAAAGAUCCAACUGGACUGGAAAUUUUAGGGAAUGUUACGCUGAAUGUAAGUUCUGCCAUAUCAAGCACAAUAGUCAACCCAAAGACUGGCGACUGGACAAUAAAAGUAAGAGUAGAGUCAGCAGGUCGCUUUAUUGUAUCGGCUGACAGCUCUUUUAGUAUUAUUUACGGAUUUUCCAUAAAUUCAACAGAAGAAAUGAAAGAGACCACACAACGUCCAACUGCAGGUGUCAACACAUCUAUUCUGGUUCAAACAAUGAAUCAUUCAACGUCUAUCCAUCUGACUGAUAUCAAAGUAAAAGAUGAUAAAUAUAAUGUACUUCAAAGUCUAUCUCUUUAUUCAGUUACAGGCAAAAAUGGAACUUAUAAAUCUGAUUUAUUUUUACCUCCAAACUCAACUUUCUUUUUGGAGGUGCAUGGAAAGGAUUCAAUGAACAAUUCUGUAACACGUAUUUCAGAAACAGCUAUAAUGCCCCUACCUCCAGGGCCACCUCUUAUCGCACUAAACCGAGAAUUAACAGCAUUCUUGAAAUCUCCCUUUACCUUGAUAUGCCACGUGGAAUCAUUACUUCCAUUCAGUGUAACUUGGUAUAAAGAAGAUGAACAAAUCUCCCCUACAACACUACUUUCAAGCAAAACGAAAGCGACUUACUAUCUCAUUGAUAAUGUUACACAAUCAUCAGAAGGAAAUUACACAUGCAAAGCUAACAAUGGAAUUGGCAAUGCAUUACAAAGCAUUCGUCUACAUGUUAAAGUACCGCCUCCACUGGUGAAGACAGAAUAUUUAAUUGAAAUGCAAGCAAAUAAAACAGGUGAAAUCCCCUGCAAGGUUGAAAGUGAUUUGAAUUACACUAUAAAAUGGACAAAAAGAGACAAAUCAGGUAUAACGUCUAUUAUCAGCGGUGCAAAAUUUAACAUCAAAUCAACAGGUACUUUGAUUAUUUCUUCUGUUCAAAAAUCAGAUGAAGGAGAAUAUAACUGUUCAGCCCAAAGCAAAUCUGGAAAGGGUGAAAAUAAUACAAUUGUUAAAGUACUAGAACGUGUGAAAGUAGCCAUUACAUACAAUAAGAAGUCUUUCAGGAGAGGUGAAAAUGUUCAGCUCAACUGUUCAGCAACAGGUUCAUCACCUAUAACAUUAUUGUGGCAGAAGAAUUACACCGCUUUGAAGGAAAUGGACCCAAGGGUGACAAAUUACAGAGAAAAUAAAGUCAUUUUAAAUAUUAUAAGUGGAAAUUCAUCAGAUGAGGGGCUUUAUCAUUGCAUGGGAAGAAACAAAUUCAGCACUGGUUAGUAUAUGUAUUAUUAAUUUCUAUUGCGUGCAGAAAACAAUAGAAAACUAUGUAGCCUCAAGCCAUGUGAAAGUGGUCAGAGGUUUUAAUAGAGAUCCAGGAACUCGGGCUAAAUUAAUGUUAAUGUAAUAUUUUGUUUCGAUUUUGUCUGAAAAGUGCAAAAAGAUGACUGUGUUAUUCCGCAUCUUCUUAUAUUGCGCGUACUGACUGACUACACAGAAGUUAUGUGAUUGCUAACGACAGUUUACGUCAUAUGACAGAACCGCUCAAAGCCGCCAUUCAAUAUUUGCUAUUCACAUGUUGCCUUAUGGAACAGCAAGAGCAAGAUUACGUGUAUAGGC